AUGAUCGGGAGGAGUUUGAUUCGCCUGUGUAGGCCAAGUUUUGGGAAUUUGGUUCGAACCAGAGGCUUCCAUGUUAGUCGCACUUUGAGAAUAGUGAAUCCAAUGCUCCCGUUUGACUUGUUGGAAGAUCUCGAAAACGAUGACCUUGAGGAAGCGAACGAUAAAUUGAAGAAGGAGAAGAAGAAAUUGAUAAGACAAAAAAAGAAGAUUGCAAAGAGGGUCGAAAAGGAUAGUGAGAAUGGGGAAGAGGGCGGUUCUUCCGAGAAAACUGCUGAACAAUUGAACGAUGAUGAGUUCAAGACCAAGAACGAUACUAUACCGUUAAAGAAGGCAUUGACUACCGAAGUUAAGAGCUUAGAUGUAAAGAAAGACGCUGACGCAAAUAAAGGACCUAGUAGUGACAAGGCAAAUAAAAGCGAUCAAGAUAACUCUCCCUCGGAAGGUAGCACACCAUCGGAGAGCUCAAAAUCCAAUGCUAGUACUGCUCAAUCCAAUGAAAACGGUGCUGUUAUGGGCGGAGCUGGAGGUGGGAACGGAGGUUCUCCUCCUGACAAGCCGGACAAUGAUGAUUCAGUUGAUAAAAACGAUGAAAAAGAAGCGGAGAAAAAGAAGGAAAAUGAUGAAGUAGAGAAGGAAGUUGAAGAGGAGGUGGAGGAAGAAGAAGAGGAAGAAGAACCAGAACCAAGUAAACUAAAAGAGACUUUCGAUAAAUUUGUAAGAUUUCUCUUCAAAUGUCUCGAGACAAUCGGAAUUACUUUCUCCUCCGUUGCUAUGUUAGGUGUUGCUGGGAUUUUGUAUCAUAAGUAUUAUGGCAAGCAUGUGCUAGAGAAGAUAGAUCGUGCAUUCGACACAGGAGAUCCAGCCUACCAAUUAUCCGUUCACAAAAGAACCAAUAAACAUAGUGAUGAAGUCGCCGAUGGCCACGAGGACUGCGACUUAUCCAAAUUUUGGGCCCAGAGACCACAGCAGUCACUCUUAGACGAUAUUAUUCUGGGUAAAAUCGUAGGACGAUAUUUCUUGGUAAUUGGUGAAAAGGGUACAGGUAAGACUUCACUUUUGUUAGAAGCUAUGAAAAAAGUAGAUGGGCACAAUGUAGCAAUCUUUGAUGCACAUGCUGAUCCCGAAAUUUUCAGAUUGAGGUUAGGAAAGGCUCUCAACUACGCUUACAAUGAAGAUUACAUUGGGUCUUUGUUCAGUAUUAGGGGCCCCCGUGAUACUACUGCCCUCUUGGAUAUUGAGAGAGCAUUUGGCAAAUUGGAAGAAUUAGCUUUGAAAAGAAUCUCUAAAACAAAGGGUAGACCAUUGGUUUUGAUCAUAAACAACGCACAUUUAAUCAAAGACAACGAAGAUGGAGUGAAGUUAAUUGAAUUAUUACAACAAAAGGCUGAGAGUUUAAGUGGGUCAGGAUUGGCGACCAUAAUUUUCAAUUCUGACGACUACUGGGUAUAUGAAAAGUUGAAAAAACUAGGAACUAGAAUUGAAGUUGUCAAUGUUAGAGAUUUUGGAAGGAAAGAAGCAGUUUUAGCAUUGAAAUUCACAAGAGAAAAGAAUUUCCCUAGUUAUAAAUACCCCGACUACACACUUAAUGAUUCCGUUUGCAAUCAGAUUUAUGAUUUAAUUGGUGGUAGGCCACAGCAUAUUGCCCAAGUGGCUCGUCAUAGAGAUAUCUUCAAAGCUUGCCAUGAAAUAAUUGAUAGGGAGAAGACAUGGUUCUUGAAUCAAUGUGGGUUACUAGGCUUGGAAAUGGACGACGAUGUAAUGGAAAGUGGGAAGUUUUCUACACUGGCAAUGCUUUUGAUGAAAGAAUUUGUAGAUAUGGAUCGUGGAAGGUUCAACACUUUAAUAUCUCAGGAUCAUCCUGACAAGAAAGAUGAGUUGAAAGAUCACCAUUUACCAGAAUUGCCUCUCUGGAGAUCUAGACAGAUCAUGACAAGAGCUGAUUACAUUCAGCAGUAUGAUAAUUUGAACAUAUUCACCAUUGAUAGUGAAUCGAGAGUCAGGGCUGAUAGCGUUCCGAUGAUGAGAGCCUUCCAUGAAAUUGCAUCUCAGCCACAUUUCGAUGAAUUGUUGGAGGACACCAUUGAAAGAGUUGCUCAAAUAGAAUCCUUGGGAAGAACCAGAGAACUAAUGAUGAAGGAUCUAAUGAAUGGUGGCAGAUACCAGAUAAAGAAGCAUAAAGACGACCAUAAAUUUUCGUUCAUCUUAGACAACAAGAAAAAAGUGGAAGUAUCUGGCAAUGAAAGCGAGAAUACUGAGGGUGGUGAAGACGAAAACGACAACGACGAUGAUGACUUGUAUAUGGAAGACAUCGAAAAGGCAGCCCACAAAAAAUGGUGGAAAAAACGAAUGCAGAGCUUUGAUCAAUCGUAUUCACCACCUAAGACUACUGAAUUUGACCUUGACAUUAACAGGAGAUAG